UUACACAGACUGGCAACACCGUUCUUAAACAGCAGACUUCUAUCAAAAUAGCGGCACAAAAAUCUUGUUUGUGCCUAACAUUAGAGAUCAAGUGUGGUGUUUUUUAUAGCAAUUAUUUUUAUAAAGUGUAACAGAAUAGAAGAUGCCCGUUUUAAUAAAAACAAAAACAUCUAGCGGGCUAAAAGAAUGGGCAGUUUUGGAAUUGCAGGGUGACUUAGAAGUAAGGACCAAUGAGGAAAUGCAUGAUCAAUUUGUGGGUGACCUUUAUUACAACAAGUAUGGACAACCGAUUCUCAUUAUAGGACAUCAUAUAUUGCAGGGAAGAGAACAAAAACUGGAGAAGCCGUUCGCCGUCCUGGAGAAAUCAAAAACCAACGAGGGUCAACAUAUUAUAGAUCAAACAAUAAACUAUCUAAACACAAGUGUCAUGAAUAGUACUGUUGAUCGAACAUUAUUGGACAAUACAGUUGCUCUCGAGAAUAAAACCAAGCAUCGAACAGAAUACACAGUACAGGCUAUUGUCACCAAAAAGUUAACAUUCAAAUCCAGGCCAAAACCCAUUAUAGCAAAUGUAGCAAAGAGUGUUUAGAUGUACGAUUAAUCCAUAUUUAUUUUUAUGAAAUUAUUUUCAGAAAUGUUUAAUAAAAUAUAAAACAAAUUUCCAAUCAAA